AUGGACCCAAUCUCCCCUCCUCCACAGAAUAGCACUGUGCCUAAGCUUGCCGUAGGAGCCGCGCCCUCUUUCAGAGCUUCUUCUACUUCAAACCUCCCAUCAUCAUCACCUUCGCGAAACACACUCGGUUACUCAUAUGUCCCGUCUUCACCAAGUCAUACAAAGUAUCGACACGUUGAUUUAGCUUCUUCACUUUCUCCGUCGUCUCGCACUGAUCAUAUCCAAUUGCAGAAACAUUCACAACACCCUACAACUUCAGUUAGGGAAAAACCAGCACAUCUGCCUCCCGUAAAAGCAUUUACUGCCUUUAACAAGCAUUCAUCAUCGCUACCACCACCAGUAACAAGUUCCCUUCCUGAUUUUGACCCAUCGGCUCUUCCUGUAUCAUCCACAGGAGGUCAGUUUUACGAUACUCCACCAUUAACUUCUGGGAAAGAUUCGCAAAAUGUUAAAGUCCCCAUAUCCUCAAAGAUACCAAGUAGUCCUGCUAUUCUCGGGUUCCACACAAUAAAUGGAUCAGCAACAGACCAUUCCAGCAUAAAAAAUCAUUUGCUCGCUAAUCCUUCUUCUGGGAAUUUCACACAUAAUAUGAAUCCUGGCGAAAUUUAUUCACUGUCAAGUCCAGAAGCUCUUUUAAUCAAUGGCCGCUCGCCUCGUGAAUACCCUGCAGGAGAUCAGGAUGAGGAAGACGAAGUUGAUCUUACCCUCAUUCAACAAUUUUCAGACGGUUCUUUGCAGGCAAGUGAAAAUGAAUAUGGUUACCGAGAGGAAGGGCAGGUCCAUGAUCAAGUGAGCAUUGGCUCAUCAUCUCCUCAGUACUACGACGACAAUGAUGAUAAUGAUUAUGGUGAAGAUGAUGGAAAACAACAACCUGAACAACCCCAGUUAGAAGAUGGGUACAGUUCGCCAAUAGAACUAGAUAUGACUCAAAUUCAAGAUGACGAAGAGGAACUAGAGACACAAGAAGAAAUACAAAUGCAAGAAGAAAUUCAAAAUGAAAUUCCUCAAGCUCAAAGAAUAAAAGAUUUUCACAAAACUCAAGAACAAAUUCAACAGAUUGAAGAUGACCAUGAAUUAGAAUCGAAUCCAGUCACUGAUAACGACCACAUUUUUUCUGCGCCAUCUAAGGUCCCUGGAAUUCACACCCCACGCGCAGCCAUCCGCAAAAUAGCUUGCAAAAACGCACCCUUUGCCGAUGUUCGAACCCCGCCAUCGCUUACUGAGCGUUUGAAUAACGGCUCAGGCGCCGACUCGGCCUCCGCUGCGAUUCAAAUAACAGAAGCCGCAUGCCAGAACUAUUAUGUCCCUGGAAUUGGUGUUCCAGCAGCUCCCAACUUUGACGACCUUAAACUGCUCUAUGGUCUGGGUCCACCCAUUGCACGUGAACAUCUGUCACCCAGUAUGUGCACGCGUGCGGCAAUGCGCAUGCGUGAACGUCUUCAGCGCGAAAUUAAGAUUCGUGAGCUGCGCGAUCAGAUCAAUGAGCUGCGGAGGCUUCGAGGUGCGCUUAUUGAAGGCGAAGACGAACAGGAAAAGGCUCAAAGUGUCGCUACAGUCACAAAAUCUACAGAACAAGCAAACAACAAUCGCAACCACGGACUUGAGCCUGGGUUGCAACUGGAUGUUCAACAGCCCAUUGAGGAAAUCGUCAUGAGUCCCAUCAACCAUUCCAGUCCCUUGAACCAAUCAAGUCCAUUGCCCCUUCCUCACGAUACAAACCAGGCGACUAUGCAUUCAGCUUUUAUCAAUGCAGCUGCUCUUUCGAUGAUGUCUUCGCCUCCAGGAACUUCUCAAGCCUCUGUCAUUACCAAUGUGUCGUCGUCGUCUAGAACCUCGUCUCCAAUGCAUGGUCUUGGUGUGAUUGGUCACCAAACCUCGCAUGGCACACACAAUAUCGAUAUUGCACGAGCGGCUGCUGCUGAAACGGCAAAAUCUGCAAAAUCUGCAAAAUCUACUGAAACAUCAAAAAUUAGGUUGCAGCAACAGCAGCAACAAAAUGAUGCACAAUAUUAUUAUUCCAAUGAACAAGGAUAUUCUCACAAAGUUCCGUCCCGGGCUCCAACUCCUGGAGGGUCACACAGCCGACCUCAUUCGCCUGCCACCGUAUCAGCAUCUCUGCAGGUACACGCUUCGACACCUACAGUCUCACGAAGUCGUGGUCAGUCGCCUGUCAUUUCGGUUGCAUCAGCUUCACGUAUUCCAGCUCAUGCCCUUACACCUGGAGUUUCUCGGAGCCGUGGUCAGUCACCUGUGACUUCGGUUCACUCAAACUCACGUCCAACGGCUCACGGCUCAACACAAUCUCGUGGCCAGUCGCCUGUUACUUCAGCCUCACCCACAAAAUCCAUUCAAGUACCGCCUUCUGUUAUCUCAGUGUUUGCACGAUCUGGAGCGUCACGGCGCCAGUCUGAGAGAUUUUUUUCUGCAGCUGAAAUCCAUUCGCGUCACAUUACUUCUUCACGAAGGUACUCUUCUCCACUGUAUAGUUACCUGGAGGCACCUGUCGAUGGUUCAGAAAGCAGUAGUAACAGGACAUUUGAGGCAACAAUGCCAGCACCGGCACCAGAAUCUUUUACACGAUCUGGGCAGUUGCAAGGGUCAGAAAUGGAAAUCCGAAUGCAACAACUAGAACGUGAUAAUAGUAGCUUGCGGCGACAGGUUGCGGAGCUAAAGAGAUGGACGGGAAUGUUGGAGGAAUAUAUGGGCACGAUGCGGCGGCAGCAGCGGUUAGAACUGAGCAUGCAGGCCAUGACUAAGCAGCGCCUGGCGCGCGGACCGGCUAUACCCGCCUACGAAAUAGAAGAAGAGGAAGAAGAAGAAGAAGAAGAAGAGGAUGAGGAUGAGGAGGAGGAUGAGGAUGAAGAAAGAAUAGAGAUUGGUGAAGAGAUGGAUGAGGAAGUUGACGAAGAAGAUCCAGAUGAUGUAGAAACUAGUCGCGAGGAGAGAGUAUUUACACGUCGCAGAAGCUUUAUCAAAGACGUUCCGCCUGUUGCAUACUACUCCCACUCUACCUCUUCGCAAUCAUCUGGUAGCCCACGCUCUCGCAUUCUUAUGUCUGCACCCGUUCGCACUCGUCCACUGGCUCACCGCCGGCGCAGACACACCGAUACUAUGAUGGCUGCUGACGAGCACAGACGCUCCUACACUCAGACACCUUCUGUCCAAUACCCGCCUCGGAGUUACCAGCCAACCAUGGCUGCGGCUCUGAGCACUGCCCCGGAGUUUUCUGAGCAGCACGAGGCAUGGUCUUGUCAUGCUGAGAAUGGAUCUGACGAUGGUGCUGGGUAUGCCGAGCACGAAAACGGUUCUGAGUUUAUAGACGACGAAGACCACCACCACCACAAUGAUGAAGCGAGUAUUGGGGGGAGUGGUGAUGUUUACACGGGAAUUUCUGGGUGGCAGGGCAAGAAAUUUGACUGGACGCGACGUCAACAGCCCAAACAACAACAACAACAACAACAACAUUUAUCAUCGUCUGACGUGUUAGGUGCAAAGAAACCGGGCCCUUUACAACGUCGGAAAAAGCUCCAGAGGUCGCAUUGGUCACAAUACGCGCCUCCGCCACCUAAGUAUGGUGGACUUGUCGAAGUGCAAGAUGAAGAGACAUUUCGACAGCAGCCGCUGCACGAGUGGUCGGCAAGCUCAAGAAGACGCCGUAGACAUACUGAUAUUGUGCGGCCUGGAGGUGUUAAACGAACAAGAUCUUGA